AAAAGAAAUCAGUAGGGCUAGUGUCACACAAAAUAGGUGCACUCUACACGCAUAGCAGGCAUUUCAAUAUUUUUACGGAUACAAAAUGGCGACGUCGGCGAAGUUGCUUGGAUUUGUAAGUGUUUUGGUGUCUUUCUGUGUGGUAUCGGGAAGACCGAACGGAGCUCCGAUUGCAACAUGUACCUCCCUGAUGCCGCUUCAUACUAUGGUACCCGGGGUCAACUACCCAGCCCAAACACAGUCAAACCCUUAUGUUGUGGGAGCAAGUUCGGCAACAUACAGGAUAUCCCAAACUAUUACAGUGAGAAUCCUCACCCAAGUGUCUGGUACCCCAGCCUUACGUGGUUUCUUCCUCCAAGCUCAUGACAGUAGCAACAAUGCAGUGGGUGUUUGGGUCCAACACCCUGCUGAGCAUGCACGUACCUUCUCCUGUAAUACACAAACAGCUGCUCAAGACUCGGUGACCCAUGUUGACACUACUGAGAAACCCACUGACCUGCAGUUCACAUGGACGGCCUUGGCGGACUAUGGACCUGUCACAUUUUAUGCUGUAGCAGCCCAGAGCAGGCCAGUUUUCUGGAUCACUAGGUCCCCAACCACACUUUCUUUCCAAGCUGAUGAUGCUUGCACCAACAACCAGUGUCAAAAUGGAGCCGUUUGCGCUCUCAUCCCAUUUGACAGCAACCAAUACACAUGUUUUUGUGCGGGCCAGUUCACUGGGAUCUUCUGUGACACCCCAUCUGCUUGCACCAACAACCAGUGUCAAAAUGGAGCCGUUUGCGUUCUCAUCCCAUCUGACAGCAACCAAUACACAUGUGUUUGUGCGGGCCAGUUCACUGGGAUCUUCUGUGACACCCCAUCUGAUGAUGCUUGCACCAACAACCAGUGUCAAAAUGGAGCCGUUUGCGCUAGCAUCCCAUUUGACAGCAACCAAUACACAUGUAUUUGUGGCGGCCAGUUCGUUGGCAUCUUCUGUGACAUCCCAUUAAGUGAAGCAGCGUGUACUUCUUUCAAUUGCCAGAAUGGUGGCGUCUGUGUGAAUACAGGAGGGGGUGCCUUUCGGUGCAUUUGUCCUUCCACAACUUCGGGAUUUUUGUGUGAGAAUCAAAACAACCCAUGUAUAAGCAAUCCUUGUCAAAAUUUAGGCACUUGCAAUAUCUUUGGUACCUCCGCCUACCAGUGCACUUGCCCUUUGACACACAUUGGAACCAACUGUGAAAUUCUGAGUAAUCCUUGUGGAAGCAACCCCUGUCUAAAUUCAGGCACUUGCUCUUUACUAAGCAAUUCAGCCUAUCAGUGCUCUUGUACUUCAACGCAUGUAGGAACCAACUGUGAGAUAAUUAGUCCUUGUGCAAGCAGUCCCUGUCAAAAUGGAGGUGGUUGCCAAGUACAGAGCACUUCCUCCUACACGUGCAAUUGCCCUCAAACAUACGUAGGGAUCAACUGUCAAAUAUUUAAUCCUUGUGCGAGCAACCCUUGUCUGAAUUUAGGCACUUGCAAUAUACAGGGCUCUACCUAUAUAUGCACCUGUCCUCAAUCGCACACGGGAACCAACUGUCAGAUAAUAACUUCUUGUGGAAGCAACCCCUGUCAAAACUCUGGCACUUGCCAAGUACUGGCCGACUCUUCCUAUCGAUGCAAUUGUCCUCAAACACAUGUAGGAACCAACUGUGAGAUGAUUAAUCCUUGUGGAAGCAACCCCUGUCAAAAUUUAGGCGUUUGCGAAGUACUGGCUGACUCUUCCUAUCGAUGCAACUGUCCUCAAACACACAUAGGAACCAACUGUGAGAUGAUCAGCGGCUGUUUUGGUAACAUGUGCCAGAAUGGAGCUACCUGCAUUCCAGUUGCCUUUGACCAUAAUCCGUAUUCAUGCGACUGUACUGAUCAGUUCAACGGAGUCUUCUGUGAAACCCCAGUUGGUCAGACCCCCUGUUCAGUUAGCCCAUGUAUGAAUGGUGGAACUUGUGUGGUGUCUGGAGAUGGCUAUAACUGUAACUGUGUAGGGGCAUGGAGCGGAGUGGAUUGUAACAUAUAUUCUCCAUGUGAGAGUAGCCCGUGUCAGAACGGCGGUACGUGCCAAACUAGUGUGGAUUCUACUGGUACACUCUUCUUCACCUGUUUGUGCCCACCUUUAUAUUCAGGGACCAUCUGUAGUAUUGCAGUUGAUCUCUGCACCACCCAAACACCAUGCUUAAAUAGUGGUACCUGUGUAACAACCACUGUCAAUGGUCAGCCUAGCUACCAGUGCUUAUGUUCAAGUUUGUGGACAGGGACUAACUGUGGAACACCAGUUAAUCUCUGCACCACCCAAACACCAUGCUUAAAUAGUGGUACCUGUGUAACAACCACUGUCAAUGGUCAGCCUAGCUACCAGUGCUUUUGUUCAAGUGUCUGGACGGGGACCAACUGUGAAUUGGCAGUUAAUCUCUGCACCACCCAAACACCAUGCUUAAAUAGUGGUACCUGUGUAACAACCACUGUCAAUGGUCAGCCUAGUUACCAGUGCUUUUGUUCAAGUGUCUGGACGGGGACCAACUGUGAAUUGCCAGUUAAUCUCUGCACCACCCAAACACCAUGCUUAAAUAGUGGUACCUGUGUAACAACCACUGUCAAUGGUCAGCCUAGCUACCAGUGCUUUUGUUCAAGUGUCUGGACGGGGACCAACUGUGAAUUGCCAGUUGAUCUCUGCACCACCCAAACACCAUGCUUAAAUAGUGGUACCUGUGUUACAACCACUGUCAAUGGUCAGCCUAGCUACCGGUGCUUUUGUUCAAGUGUCUGGACAGGGACUAAUUGUGAAACGUCAGUGAAUGUGUGUGACCAAAAUUCCUGUAGUAAUGGGGGUACCUGCUUGUCUAAUAAUAUGAACAACAUACCUGGGUUUCUAUGCGUCUGCCCGUUGGAAUGGACUGGACCAACGUGUGACAAUCCAGUAUCCGGAUGUCAACCCAUCAACCCCUGCAUGAACGGUGGCAUAUGUGUCCCCACUGUCAACUCACAAGAGUUUACCUGUGACUGUUCUCCUGUGGCUGCCCAGUUUGUUGGAAGUCUAUGUCAAACUCCAAAUCCAUGCUUCAACAAUGACCCAUGUCUGAACGGAGGCAUAUGUGGUGUGAGUGACCCCAAUGGAAAUGCAGUCAGGAUCUGUAACUGCCCUGCUGACUACACUGGAGCUUUGUGUGAAAGUGCUGUUGCAUGCGUCAACAAUCUGUGUGUGAAUGGAGAGUGCAUGCCUCUGGGUGCAACUUAUAUUUGCCAAUGUGAUCCCGGCUUCGGCUCUAUGUACUGUGACCGAGAGUUACAGUGUGUGCAGAACCCUUGUGAGCAUGGAACCUGCAGGGACGUGGAUAACUCGUUCGAGUGUGCCUGUGAAGCCAACUACUUUGGAGUAACCUGUAACAUAUUGAAUCCCUGUCUUUCUUCGCCCUGCUCGAACAGCGGAACCUGUUUAGUGGCAGUAACUGGAACAUCGUUUGUCUGCAGCUGCCAAUCACAAUGGACGGGACAGACCUGCGAAAUACCUCUUGUGUGCAAUCCAAACCCUUGUAUGAAUCAAGGAGUAUGUAACGCUGCUCCUGAUGCUGUGUCCUUUGACUGCCAGUGCCUACAAGGUUACUCUGGGGACUUGUGUGAAUUAGUUCAUCCUUGUACUAACAACCCGUGUCAGAAUGGUGGUGUUUGCGUACCUGGAGAUCUUAACAGUUUCUCUUGUACCUGCGUGGGUGGAUUCCAUGGAGUUUUAUGUGACAUGGUUGAUCCAUGUAUUCCUAACAACCCGUGUAUGAACGGCGGGCAGUGUUCCCUUGCUGACAACGGUGUGAGUCCACAAUGUCUUUGUAUUAAUGGAUACCAGGGCUUACUGUGUGAAACAGAUCCUUGCUCCAGUUCAUCAUGUGAGAAUGGUGGUAUUUGCUUAGCUAAUCAGUAUGGUUCAUAUGAUUGCCAAUGCAGUCCUGGAUUCACCGGAUUCUACUGUGAAACAGUGGUAAGGUCAUUAUGCAACAGCAGUCCUUGUCAGAACAAUGGAUUGUGUUAUGAAGACGAUACAUUGGGGUAUGUCUGUACGUGUCAGGACGGAUACACCGGUGUGAACUGUGAAGUCGGCGAGUUUAGCUGUGAAUCCAAUCCGUGUAAGAAUAAUGGUCUGUGUAGUGUGAGGACCGACACCAUAUACACAUGUGCCUGUGUAGGAGAUUUCAGCGGCAGAAACUGCGAUGUCCCCAUUGAGAGCGCUACAUGCUCUGCAAAUACGUGUUCAAACGGUGGCACAUGUCAUGUUGUAGGAUCUGGACUUGAAUGUAUCUGCCCGUCUGGUUAUACUGGAUCAACUUGCCGAACAAUAUCCAUAUCACCACCCACGGCAGGCUCUGCAACGACGAUGGCUUCAGGGCUUGUUCUGCUUUUGGCUCCCUUCCUCAGAAGACUACUCCAGUAA